CUUUGUGUUAUCGCUGUCAAACUUGACGUGACUCGGUCCAAUGCAAUGGAAGCCUUUGGUCGCCCAAACCGGAGGAAACAAUCGGAUGCGAUUUGAUUGGAACAAUUUGAGCCAUUUUGCAGGCCUUCCUGCUUGCGAAUGACAUCGAGGCGCGUUGGCACUUUUGUUUAGCGUGCGCGUGCGCGUGGUUGUUUGGCCGUUGCCGGCCUUGUUUAUGCCGCCUGCGCUUUGGCUCGGCGACGCAGGCCUCCGGUCCGCUGCGAUGCCAGUUUAACGUCUCCGCUGGUUUCUUCCCAUCGGCCCAUUCGCUCACCAAAAAAUAUGAGCCAGGCGCAACAAUGACAUCCAGAUUUGGGAAAACCUACAGCCGCAAGGGAGGAGAGGGCCCGUCCAAGUUUGACGAGGUCGUGUCCACCAAGAGGGGGACCCUGAGCACAAAAUGGGGGGACACCACCUACAAGGCCAGGGUGGGCUCCAAGCGGGCCGGCGCUCCCAAGGGCCCCUCGGCGCCGGGCGCUCACAAGCGAGCCCGGCCCGGCGGGGACGGCUCGGACGACCCCUUCGGCUUCGACAGCGACGAAGAAUCCAAACCGGUGUCCUCUCGCGGCGGCAAGUCCUCGCCCGCCAAGGCGGAACCCCACCGAGCGGAGAAGCUGAGGGUCUCGCUGGACUCCGGGAACUGGUCUAGCUUCCACGAAGGACUCGCCGCCCCCGCGCGAGAGAUGUCACGGUCGGGCAGGACCGAGCGGCCCGGUCCGUUCUUCGGCAGCGGCGAUGCCAGCAAAGGAAAAGUCGGGAGUUCUUCGCUGGCUUCAGAGAAGCGGCACAGCUACGCGUGGUACCAGAACGCCUCCGAAAGCGACAAGAAGCCUUUGGCGCAGACCGCCACCUUGAAGACCUUUGCCGAGGCCGAGUCGGCCUACGGCUCCUGGGACGCCCUGAUGGGCUUCCGACCGCCGUCGCCUAGCCGGGAGCCGUGCGACCCCGACCCCGCGCUCUCCUGGACUUCGGCGGCCGACGAGCUGCCGUCGCCGCCUCGGCUGCGGAGCCCCGCCGACGGGCGGGACCCGGACGGCGACUUCGGCUUCGAGACGGCCGACCGCUGCCGGACGUCGACGACCGCGUCGCCGCUCGUGCGGAACUCCAACUGUCGGACGUACCGCGGGCCCGGCAAGCAGAGUUCGUCUAAAGACCCGGACUGCGGCGUUCCGCCGUCGGGUCCGCUCGCGUCGGCGUCCGGCGGUGCUAACGAGACGGCGACGGCGAUUCGUGGCGGCGGGAUGAGGGACUACACCGUGCUACACCCUUCCUCCGCCUCCAUGUGUAACGUCACCAAUCAGGCGGGCGGCGGGGAGGAGUUCAAAGGCGAAGGCGCUCCCGCUAGCGGUACGAGUGGCGCUAACAGUAGCGGCGCGGCGGAGCGGCUGGACGCCGCGUGGCAGCGGAAGAAGGCCGAGCAGCGACACGCCAGUCCGAACCAGUCCAGAUCGAAGAAGGGACCCAAAGCCGACCUGUUUGGUUUCGACCAAGUUGGCGGCCGUCAGGACGACGAAGACGCCAACGAAGGUGACGCCGACGACGACGACGACGACGGCUCGUCCAAAUACAAAAUCAAAUACUUUGGUUUCGACGACAUGAGCGACAGCGACGGUGCCGGCGACGACGACGACUGCUCGCCCAAAGUGAGGAUGAGGGUCAAAAUGGCCGCGGUUGCCGAGGAAAAGCCGCCGGUGGCCGUGGAGGACUCGCACGACGACGACCCCUUCAGGGACCGCCAGGUUCUUGAGAGAUGCACCGCGCAGCCGAGCGAAAACUACUCGGAGACGCUGUACAGCAGGAUACAACAAGAGUCUACUCGUCGGCUCUCGGACUGCGCCCCCGCAGACGUGCCGAACUUCUCCGAGGACGAUCUCAGGGUGGUGGCCGCCGGCCCCAGGAGGCCCCCCCGGGGCAAGACGGCCGACAAGAACCAGGACACCCACCGGAGGAUCUUCAGUGCACAAAAGAAGUCUCCCACCAAAGCAGUGUACAACGCCCGCCACUGGACACUGGAGAGCGAAGAGGAGCCCAUUCCUUCCUUCAUGUGCCGCCCGCCAACGACUCCCGUGCCGCGCUCGUCGGGAGGAGGAGCGUCCGCCGACGUGCCGUCGGACGUGCAGAAGGACGACGGCGUCUUCAAGGCCCCGCCGCCUCCUCCCAAGGUCACCAAGUGCAUCAACGUCCCCGACGACCCCUACCAGGACACGGUCACGGCGCUCAAGUGUCGCAAAGAGCACAAGGAGCUGUACACGGUGGUCCAGCACGUCAAGCACUUCAACGACGUGGUGGAGUUUGGCGAGAACCAGGAGUUCACAGACGACUUCGAGUACCUGGCGGCCGGUCUGAAGAGCGGACAACCGCUCAACACUCGCUGCCUCAGUGUGAUCAGCCUGGCGACGCGCUGCGCCAUGCCCAGCUUCAGGAUGCACCUGAGGGCGCGAGGGAAGGUGGCGCAGGUCUUCAAAACGCUCAACGACGCCCCCCAGCACCCCAACCUGGCCAUGUGCACCGCCUCCCUCAUGUACAUCCUCAGCCGCGACCGGCUCAACAUGGACCUGGACCGCUCCUGCCUGGACCUGAUGAUCCGCCUGCUGGAGCUGGACCAGGACCAAGGCGGCGGGGCGGCGGCGGCGACGGCGGCGGCGGCGGCGGCGGACUCGGCCUCCCAGCUGAGCGCCAGGGAGAUCUGCAAGAUGAAGGAGAAGAUCCGCAAACUGUGCGACACGGUGCACAACAAGCACCUGGACCUGCAGAACAUCACGACGGGUCACCUGGCCAUGGAGACGCUGCUGUCGCUGACGUCCAAGCGAGCGGGCGACUGGUUCAAAGAGGAGCUGCGACUCCUGGGAGGCCUUGACCACAUCGUAGAUAAGGUGAAGGAGUGUGUGGACAACCUGAAGCGGGAGGAUGACGAGGACAAGCUGGUGUCGUCCUUGUGGGGAGCUGAGAGAUGUUUACGUGUGCUGGAUAGUGUGACAGUGCACAACGCGGAGAAUCAGAGCUACCUGAUCGCUUACAAGGACUCGUCACUCAUCGUCUCCUGUGCGGAGGCGCUGCGCCACUGCGAGGAGAUGAUCCGACGCCACAGCACGGAGGUGAGCGGCGCGGACGGCGGCGCCGUGGUGGCCAAAGCCGUGGAGAACUGCAUGAGGGCCGUCAUCGGCGUUCUGCUCAACCUGACGCACGACAACGAGUGGGGCAGCACCAAGACGGGCGAGCAGGACGACUUGAUCCCGACGGCGCUCAACUGCGUUCUCAGAGUUCCUCAGUACUUUCCUCAGGAGAAGAGGUUCGACAUCCGCGUUCUGGGUCUGGGCCUGCUCAUCAACCUGGUGGAGUACAGCGCCAGGAACCGCUACUGUCUGAUGGAGAUGGAGAUGGAGGGAGGUCAGGGUCCCUGCGACUCCACCGUGCUCCUCGUCCCUCCGCACCAGCAGGACGUCGUCGUCGCCGGCGGCGGUCCGCUCAGCGCCAUCGCCGCGCUCGUGCAGUUGUUCCUCCAGCGGGAGCGAGCGGCCGUCCUGGCCGAGGCGCAGACCGACGACCUCAUCAAGGAGCCGGCCAAGCCCGCCGACAAGAGCGGCGAGUGGCGGGAGACGGGCGGCGAGAUCCAGUGGGUGGCCAACGACAACCAUUGUGACAGCGACGCCAAGGAGAAGGGGGACAAGGACAAGAAGAAGGAGGAGGAAGAUGGCGAGCUGGACCUCAACAAAGCUCUGCAGCACGCGGGGAAGCACAUGGAGGACAGCAUCGUGGCGUCCUACACGGCUCUGCUGCUGGGUUGCCUCUGCCAGGGAAGCCCCAUGAACGUGACUACUGUGAGAGAGAACUUGCCUCAGGGGGAUUUCUCCAUCAUGACGGACAUGCUCAAGAAGUUCCUCAACUUCAUGAACCUCACGUGUGACGUCGGCACCGCAGGACAAAAGUCCAUCGCCAGAGUCAUCGACUACCUGGAGCACUGUUAGAUGCGCGCGCGCGCGUGCACACACACACACACACACACACGCACAGUCCACCUCCAGUCAGUAUUUUCACUCCUCCGCGCUUGCAUGUUGACCCCUCAAUCGAGCGACUUUUUUUUUUUUUUUCUUUUUCUUUUUUUUCUCGUCCUUGAGCGCCUCCUCGUUGGUUAAAUUUGGUGUUUGACGGGCACGUGCGGAGAAGGAGCGUCCAGAAGAGUCGAAGCGUUUCACGCGGUCGGUGUUGGCGCCUUCGUCCGCGCGUCUCGCCUCGGUCACGCUUGACAUGUUCGACAAAGUAGCUCUUGUCAGACCACUUGAACGUGUUUUGUUGUUGUUGUUUUUUUGUCACAUGCGCCAAUGCAAACGCGCACCGGCAACAAGCUCCAUGUCGUGCGUGCGAGAUACGCGAGGCGCACGUGCAACUUGCUCAGUUGGGCGCGCGACUUACUAAAUUGCGCUUACGACCGAAGUUGCAAAUGUGACAUAAGUUGCGCAUGCAGCUUACCAAAUUGUGCAGACGACUACUAAGUCAAUUGAGUCGGUUGUGCGCGCGAGAUUCUAAAACGUGAGCCACUCCCCCUCAGACGGCAAGAUGUCCCUUAAAUGUUCUCAAGGGAUUUCUUUUCACAUUGUCACAUUUCUGUUUCGAUAUUGUCAGCGCACACACACACACACACACACGUUUACAAGAGCUUUAUUGAGGCGCGUGCGGGAUGUUUGUUUGUGUACAUACUGUUUGUACAUAUGUUGCCAGAGGAGCAGUGCAUGAUGGGAAGUGGGCGUGCUGGGCCGUGCGGGGAGAGGCCCGGACGUUUUUUUUUUUUUUUUUUACAGCCUUUUUUUUUCCCCCUCCUCGUGCGCGUCGAAAGCUUCUUAAGUGGGCGGCUGCGUUUGUACCGGUUCUUUGCUUACGUGUACAUACUUUGAAAAGAAUAAAAGUUGCUACUUUCAGUACAUCCCGCUCGCUUCCUUUCUUGGCUUGAAAAACGGGUUCAACGGGGUCAACCUUUGCGCCGGACGGACAUAUUUGAUUUCUAAAACGGACACACGGGCUUUCUUGACAACAUGUUCGCUUUAACAAUAAAAUACAAGGCCAUUUUGA